AUGCCCAAAACUAAACUCGUAUCUGUAAAAACAAUAAAAUUACAAAGACGAAAAAACAUUCAUUAUUUUGAAACUACAGAAUUUAAAGAAAAACUUAAACUUUCAAUUGAAAAUAACUUUCCUGGCUUCUUUUCUAAUAGAAAUGAUUUAAAUUUCAAUCAUGCAAUAGAACAACUUUUGGCACCUUGUAAAAAGACCAGAAAAAAUCAAGAGAGAACCCCAAAACCCCCAAAUGCAUUCAUUUUAUAUCGAAAGGAUAUUCAAAGCGAAAUAAAAGAAGAAAAUCCAAAUAUAAAUCUCGUACAAAUAUCAAAAAUUAUUGCAGAACGAUGGGCAAAUGCUCCAGAUGAAACAAAAAAUCGAUAUACUAUACUAGCAGCCCUUUGUGAUCGAGUUCAUCGUGAUAUUUUUACAGAUGAUAAAGUUAUGUCAGAGUCGAAGGAAAGUGGAAAAAAAGAACCCAAUAUGAAGUCUGUUGAAACAUUAAAGCCAUGGUCACCGCAAUCUUCUCCAAAUGAAAAAAUAUUUUUGCUCAAUAGUGCCAUUCCUCAAGAAAAUUAUGAAUCAGUAGACAUGCUACAAGAAGAACAGUUUGCUACUGAAUCACAGUAUUUAAAUCCCAAUAUAAGACUUAGUGACACAUUUCCGGUGAACGAACAAAUUGAAACAAAUCACCUUAUCUAUCUUAACUACGAAAUACAAUCAACAGAAAAUUUACCUUUUGGUUCAAGUGAAAAUAUUAUUAUGGGCACAACUUUGCCACAAGAUUUUAAUAGCUAUUCAAUUGCAACUUUAAAUCCUAAUUCUUUAAUAUUGGACACAACUCUUGCUUUUUGUUCAUUAGAACCAACAUAUGAACAAUUACGUAAUAUUUUCGAAUUGAAUAAUUUAGAUAAUUCGAACUAUCUAAAUAAUUUGGAUAAU